AUGUACCUUGCAAGUAAUGAUUAUUUCAUCCUUGCGCAAGUUAUUACACCAUACCUUGUACAAGAUCAUAUGAUUUAUAGAAUAUAUACUAGUUUUAUCUUGCGCAAGCAAAAAACUUCUAUUACUGUCACUAAUCUAAACACUAAACCUAACACUGCGAAAACUAAAGUUAUAGAGACUGUGGUUAUGUUAAUCGAUAUUAAUACAUACCUG